AUGGAAACUCGUGCUCAACAUUUAGAGAAAGUGCAGAACACUGCAAAUUACUUGAGAUUGACAAAAGAUGAAAAUUUUCUUGCUAUGUCAGAAGACUAUAUUAGAAAUAGAAUACCUGAAGGAUAUCUUCGAAUCAGUGCUGUUCUCAAUGACGUUAGCAACUUUUUAGAGCAAUAUUACAAAACGAUACGUGAUUAUGAUUUAUCCUUCGGUUCUAUCGCUCUUGCUACCGCUUCUUCAGAAUUAGCUGUACUAAUUAUGCCUGGUGAUACAUCAUCUGAUUUUAAAGAUUUUUUACUUCGCGUAGAAAAUGAUACGGAACCAACCAUUAAUGAUGACUUGAUUCGUAUUCCUGAUGAAAUGAUUGUUGCUUGUGAUGAUAAUGAAAUGUUAUUAAACUGUCUCAUUCAAGAAACAUACCUUAAUUUACAACAAAAUGCAUAUAACUCAAAUUAUAUUGUUGAUCGUGCCAUAUUAGCAACAAAAAAUGAAUAA